AUGGUUUCUAAAGAGGUCGAACUGUUCACGAUUGUCACUUUUUUGCUGCUGGCAAACUUAGUGACUCUGCGCGCCAACGAUGACUCUGCCGUCGACGCUGCGUCGAAAGAGCAUUGGAUAGACCCCAACGAUAUGGUAAAUUUCGACCUAAGCAAGGAGCCGGUGAGGAGUAAGUCCGUGGACUCUGACUCGGUAGCGACUAAUGAGUUGGAGGUGUUGUUACUACAGCACCAGCUGACUACGUGUCAGCAAAUGCUGAAGCAUGCACAGGAGGCGCGCUUGAAGGAGAAAGCGGAUGCUGACCUAAAGGUUUCCCCUGAGUCGAUUCUUAUGCAGCACUUUCUGCGCAAACUGCUUAAGAACUUGGACGCACAAGAAGGCCUCAAAGAUCCUCGUGUGUACUCAAUCGCUACGAAGGUCACCCCGGCACAGGUAGCAUCGUGGAAGAAGUUCGUCACCGCCAAAACCGUUCGAGCGAGCGACUGGCAGGAGGUCAUCGGGUCUUUGAUACGUUUCCUCCAUUCGGCUAAAUUCAACGACUAUCACCGGAUCGGCGUGUCAAAAGUCUUGGCUGAUUUUCUGCUUCCUUGGUUGCCGGUUUUCAACGUGAUCGCCCUCAUUAUUUUUUUCUGGACUUGGUACUACUUGUAUCAGGUGAAGCAAGCUGAGCUACUGUCGCGUAUGUCGACGCUGGACCGGGCGUCCGCGUGUCAACCGGAAGCCGUCACCAGUUUUGCCUCAUUUGCAAACAGGAUCAAAAGCAUGCUCGGCUUCAGAGGCGACACUUGCAGUCAGUAUUUCAAAGAUUUGACCAUUAAUCCGAUAUGGCAAGUCAGACCUUUGCAAAUUUUGUCGCUGACGAUCACCGAAUUCUUUGUGGAACCUGCGGAGCUAGUGGGCAUACACCUGGGUCGUUUUUUCAACGCGCUCAUGUCUGAGACAACGAUUUUUAUGAAACCGAUAGUCGCCAUUCUGGCCGUGCUCCUGCUUGUGGUCAUUGUUACCAUUCUCAUGGUGUUUCUGUGUGGCUACCGGGUGCAAUUUUGUAGCAGCGAUGGAGAUCUUCUGAACGGCUGA